AUGUCAGACUUCCAUGAGACGCUCUCAAAUAUAUCCAAGAAAUUCUUGGAGCUCUAUCGUUCUAAAAUCUUAUCCCAAUGGAAAGGAAGCGCAUCUGAUGGUGAUAAACAACGAUUCGUUGGACUUCUAAAUCAAAAUGAUUUUGCCAGGCAACUUUAUGGUCUUUAUAAAACUUUGUGUUUCAGAUAUGAGAACGAUGAGUGGUAUUCAAUAGUUCUUGACACAUUAGAUCUUGAUCUGAUUUAUAAUAAUGUGGAUAAGGCAAUUGCUGAAAACAAUGCGACAGACAUUGAAUACCAAGAUUAUUUGGUUAAAGAAUUACUUAGAUAUUUUAAACAAGACUUUUUUACCUGGUGCAAUAAACCUAAGUGUAUUAGAUGCGGAAAUGACUCUAAUAUGGAAUAUAGUGGCUCAAGUGGACCAAACUUGGAAGAGGCUAAGUAUGAAUGCGGAAAUGUCGAGCUUUAUAGGUGUAAUGUCGAAGGUGAUAUUACUAGAUUUCCUCGUUAUAAUGAUCCAAUGAAACUAUUAGAAACUAGAACAGGAAGAUGUGGUGAAUGGUGUAACCUCUUCACCUUAAUUUUGAAAUCCUUUGGAUUGGAAGCUAGAUAUAUUUGGAACAAGGAAGAUCAUGUAUGGUGCGAAUUUUAUUCACCAAAUCUUAAAAGAUGGGUUCAUGUGGAUUCAUGUGAACAAAGUUUUGAUGAGCCACAUAUAUAUUCUCAAAAUUGGAACAAGAAAAUGAGCUAUGUAUUAGCAUUCAGUCAUGAUACUGUGCUUGAUGUAAGCAGCAGGUAUAUCUUGAAAAACCAACUACCAAGAGAUGCAAUCUCAGAAUCCGAUCUUAACUUUAUCUGCGUCUAUCUAACCAAACAAUUGAGAAGACGCAUGAAUGAUGAUCAAUUAUACACACUGGCCUGUAGAGAUGAACAAGAGAGACUGGAAUGGGAAAAAUCGAAAACAAAACAGGAUGAAACUAAAGCAACCACCACCCUCUCUGGUUCGCAAGGUAGAGAAAGUGGUUCUGCAGAAUGGAAAGCACAAAGAGGUGAAGACGGAGCUUAA